AUGAGUUGUCAGAUCUCAAGCAAGUCUCGUGGAAGAGGAGGAGGAGGUGGAGGAGGAUUCCGGGGUUUUAGCAGUGGUUCGGCUAUGGUCUCCAGUGGGAGCCGGAGAUCGGGCACCAGCUUCUCCUGCUUGAGCCGCCAUGGUGGUGGUGGAGGGGGCUUCGGUGGAGGCGGCUUUGGCAGCCGGAGUCUUGUUGGCCUUGGAGGAACCAAGAGCAUCUCCAUUAGUGUGGCUGGAGGAGGUGGAAGCUUUGGCUCCAGUGGUGGAUUUGGUGGCAGAGGAGGUGGCUUUGGAGGAGGCAGCAGCUUUGGAGGAGGCAGAGGCUUUGGAGGAGGCAGCGGCUUUGGAGGUGGUGGUUUUGGUGGAGGCAGCUUUGGCGGAGGCCGCUUUGGAGGUGGCGGUGGCUUUGGAGGCUUUGGGGGGCCUGGUGGUUUCGGGCCUGGAGGAUUCCCUGGUGGAGGCAUCCAUGAAGUCUCCAUCAACAAAAGUCUCCUGCAGCCUCUCAAUGUGAAAGUUGACCCAGAGAUUCAGAAUGUGAAGUCUCAGGAGCGGGAGCAGAUCAAAACACUCAACAACAAGUUUGCCUCAUUCAUUGACAAGGUACGCUUCCUGGAGCAGCAGAACCAGGUGCUGCAGACAAAAUGGGAGCUGCUGCAGCAAAUAGAUGUAGGCACUCACACAUCUAACCUGGAUCCCAUCUUCCAAGCCUACAUUGCCAAGCUGAAGACCUACGUGGAUGGGCUCUCUGCAGAAAGGGCAUCACAAGACUCUGAGCUGAACAACAUGCAGGAUCUUGUUGAGGAUUUUAAGAAGAAAUAUGAGGAUGAAAUCAACAAGCGCACAGCUGCUGAAAAUGAUUUUGUGACACUUAAAAAGGAUGUGGACAAUACUUACAUGAUCAAGGCGGAGCUGCAGGCCAAGGCGGAUGUACUGAAAGACAACUUGGUGUUCCUGAAAACCCUCUAUGAUGCUGAGCUGUCCCAGAUGCAGCAGAGUAUCACUGACACCAACGUCGUUCUGUCCAUGGACAACAACCGCAACGUGGACCUGGACAGCAUCAUUGCCGAGGUCCGGACCCAGUACGAGGAGAUCGCUCAGAAGAGCAAGGCCGAGGCCGAGGCUCUGUACCAUAGCAAGUAUGAAGAGCUCCAGGUGACUGCUGGGAAACAUGGAGACAGCCUGAAUGAGACUAAGAUGGAGAUCAGUGAGCUGAACCGCAUGAUCCAGAGACUGCAAGGGGAAAUUGCCCAUGUGAAGAAGCAGUGUAAGAGUGUGCAGGAUGCCAUCGCAGAAGCUGAGCAGAAGGGAGAACAUGCCAUCAAAGAUGCCCAGCAAAAGCUCUCAGACCUGGAGGAGGCGCUGCAGCAGGCUAAGGAGGAGCUAGCUCGGCUGCUGCGUGACUACCAGGAGCUCAUGAACGUCAAGCUGGCCCUGGAUGUGGAGAUCGCCACCUACCGCAAGCUGCUGGAGGGCGAGGAGUGCAGGAUGUCUGGAGACCUCAGCAGCAACGUGACUGUGUCUGUAACAAGCAGCACCAUUUCUUCAAACGCAUCAUCCAGGGCUGGCUAUGGAGGCCAUGGAUCUGGAGGAAGAGGGUCCAGUUCUGGAGGAGGAUACAGCUCUGGAAGUGGCAGUUACAGCUCUGGAGGCAGAGGGUCUAGCUCCAGAAGUGGCAGUGGAGGAGGCUAUGGCUCUGGUGGUGGCUCCAGAGGAGGUUCUGGCUCUGGAGGAGGAUACGGCUCUGGAGGUGGCUCCAGAGGGGGCUCUAGCUCUGGAGGAGGAUAUGGCUCCGGAAGUGGCUCUGGAGGAGGAUACGGUUCCGGAAGUGGCAGUGGAGGCAGCUAUGGCUCUGCUGGUGGCUCCAGAGGAGGCUCUAGCUCUGGAGGUGUAUCCAGAGGAGGCUCUGGCUCUGGAGGGGGAGGUUCUAGCUCUGAAAAGGGUGGUGAAAGUUGUGGUUCUGGUGUGACCUUCUCUUUCAGAUAA